CGCCCCGUAGCGUCAGAUGAGCCUUUUCCCCGCGCGCAGGCUCAUCUGGGCAUUCGUGGUUCCGGGUGCGUCCGGCAUGGCGAAAGCGGCCAAGUGCGCCAAGGUGGAGGAGGCGGCGGUGGCGUCGAGUGACUCGGGCGCCCUCUCCGCCUUCCUGGGCUGGUGCGCCGACGCGGGCCUGGAGCUGAGCGCUAAGGUCAGCGUGAGCAGAGAGGGCACAGUAGCUGAUUAUGGCUUGGUGGCCAGGGAAGACAUUGAGGCAGGAGAAGUCCUUUUCACCAUCCCAAGAACGGCAGUCCUUUCGCAGUACACAAGCCCCCUUUCUUCCCUACUAGAGAAAGAGCAAGCCUCUCUGGAGAGUCAGUCCGGCUGGGUUCCACUCCUGCUUUCUUUGCUUCAUGAAUCCACAGCCAGUGAUUCUCGUUGGGGGCCUUAUUUGUCACUGUGGCCUAACUUCAGGGGUCUGGAUCACCCCAUGUUCUGGAGUAAAGAAGAGCAGAUGAGACUUCUGCAAGGAACAGGGAUUCCAGAAGCUGUGGACAAGGACUUGGCCAAUAUCCAGACAGAGUAUUCCACCAUCAUCCUGCCUUUCCUGAAGGACCACCCAGAUAUAUUUGACCCUGAGGUGCACACUCUGGAGCUCUACAAGAAGCUGGUGGCCUUCGUCAUGGCAUACAGUUUCCAGGAGCCUUUGGAUGAAGAAGAGGAAGAUGAGGAGGAGCCCAAUCCCCCAGUGAUGGUGCCCAUGGCAGAUCUCUUGAAUCACGUGGCUGACCACAAUGCCAACUUGGAAUAUUCACCAGAGGUAUUGAAAAUGGUUGCGACUCAGUCCAUCUGCAAAGGCCAAGAGAUCUUCAACACUUAUGGGGAGAUGGCAAACUGGCAGCUCCUCCACAUGUAUGGCUUUGCUGAACCGUAUCCUGGCAACACAAACGAUGCUGCUGACAUCCAGAUGCUGACACUACGCAAAGCAGCACUGCAAGCUACAAAGACAGAAGCUCAAUGGCAGCUGGUCUUGGAGCAGUGGGACUUUCUCUGCCAGAUGGAGAUGGUGGGUGAGGAAGGGGCUUUUGUGAUCAGCUGGGAGAGAGUCUUAACUGAAGAAGAGCUGGCCAUGGCAUUGAAGGUGCUGACUAUGUCUGCAGAUGAGUUCAAGGAGUUUAAGGAGCAAGAGACCCAGGAACCCAAAGCAGGCGAGGAUGGUGCUAUGUUCCUGAUGCUCUCAAAUACUACUAUACCAAGGCUUGAAACCUCCUGGAAGAAGCUGCUCUUUGAUGCUACACUGCUAACCCUGAAGUCAUACAGCUCAGACUUAAAAGCAGAGGAAGAAAUGCUCAGAGACCCUCAAGCUUAUUCAAAACUAAGCUGCCGGGAGAAGUUUGCCCUGCAAGUGCGUUAUGGCCAGAAGAUGAUUUUGCACCAGUUGCUGGAGCUAACAAGCUAGCUGCAGCUGAGGAAGGCAAGUGCUGUUGGCCUGGGAGGCUUAGCUAAAGGUUUCUAUAAAGGCAGAGGCAUUUAUUUUUAUAUAAAAAUGUGUUUCUGUGAGUAUCAAUUACAUCCGCAGGUAGCAAAAGACAAUAUCUGUUUCUGAAUCUGAAGGACAUAGCAGUGGGAAAUAAUAGGACGGCAAACAUCUUCCUAGUUUUGUUUUUGAGAAAUUGGAACCUGCAGGCCACAAGCCUUCAGUGUGGCUUGCUUCUUAAUUGGUACUCCAGGAGAUGCUGUCUCUGCACAAGACAUUCCAUGUCAUAGUGCAGCUACUGUGGCCUUCAUUAAUUUUAUCUAAUUCACUCUUUAGCCAUAUGAGCCAGUAGUGCCUGCCAAUUCAAUAAAUGUGUUUGAAGCUCCUUUUUUUGGGAAUGUUUUGCAUCUAAAGUGGCCUCCAACAAUUAUCCUUGAGGUUGGGCAACCUAGGAAAAGUCACUCAAUCCUUGUUCUGUAUAAGGCUACCAAUUUACACAGCACAGAAUUGACACAACUGGGGAAUCUGUGUUUCUGUAGAUGCAUUUGGACAACUCCAAUCAUCCCUGACCAUUAUGGGCCAGGCCAGGCCAGCUGAGACUAAUGGAAGUUGGAGUCAAAGGACACCUGGAAAGCCAGUUUCCCCACCUCUUAGGACCCCCUGUACAUUAAAUCAGCUGGUAAGAUGGCCAAGUUUACAACACCUGUGAGACCCAGUAAAUAUGGCAUUAGUUAUAUGGGAUGUCCCCCUCUCCUGAAGGACUGUGAUCAGAUCUAGCACCCUAGAUGCAGAUGUUUGCACUGCUGAACAAAGAUUAACAUGUUUCAUUUGCUUACUGUCUAGAUGCUCUUCCUCAUCCCUGGGAAUGUUCAUGCUUCUUUGAAGUUGAAAAAAUGUUCCUAAAAACAUUAUCAUUGUUAAGUCUAUUAUUAUUAUAUUUUACAUUUUGAAUGCCUUUGUAGAAUCUUUUACUUUUUCCAACCUUCUUCCCAUCCCACCUCUGGCCAGAUGAGCUGCAUAGAUGUAUAGUUUGACUAGGCUUGGAGUUUUUAAACAAUAAAAUUUAUUUGUAUUGAUAAGU